ACGGCGUCCUAUGGGCUCCAUAAGAAACCAACCAACCAACAUGCAAUAUAUUAGCAACAGCGCGGCAGCCGAAAAGGCAGCUAAUAAGACGUAGAAAACCUUCAAUAUUCAAUAUUCACAGCAGCCCCUGGGGUAACUAAAAGCUAGUCGAGAGCUGGCUUGUGCCGUUGUAGUAGCCAGCAAUAGUAGAUCGUUUUGCAUUUCGUUUACUAUCCCUCCCUCUUGCUUCAACCCAAUCGCCACGGUGCGUGGAGCUUUUUUUCGGUGUUACAAGAAGUCCCAUUAUUAAGGGAUCUUUUGGAAACUUGCGAGCAACAGUCGUUUUGAUUCAGCUUUUGUUUAACGUAAUGCGAAUUUGCCCCUUUGUUGCCGAUCGUUCCGUUAAGAAGGAUGGGAAGGGGUUUGAGAGCGGGGCUGCUUUUUUUGAUGUUGCAUUAUCGUGUAGUAGCAUUAACCAGGUAGGAUGAUGAUGGGACGUAGAAUCGGAACGAUCGUUACAUACGAUACACGGAGAUGGUAUUCAAAUGUUUGUAAAGCCCAGGUGAAGCCUGUUUCGGGUUAUGCGAUCGUAUAAUGUUGUUGCCUUCUGGAAGGAGAAUCAUUUCGGGUAGCGUAUAGUAAAACAGAACGACUAGUGAUCCAAUGCACAAGAUUGCAGGUGUCUGACCAGGGCUACUGAACCGGUUUAGGUUGCCGCAAAGGCAUAUCAGAUUGUGAAUUCAUUCUAGCUGCCAUGUCCAGUUGAUAGUGUUCAGGCUGAACACAGGAAUCCCUUUUUUCCCAGUGAAUUUUCCGUUUCUCUUGCCCCAGUUUACAAUCACAAUGUUUCUGCUGUUCAGUGAACGUGUUUAAUGUUUAAGUAAUCCUAAGCAAAGUCACAAUCGCACAUAACAUCGCGAGCUUCAUUGUUUUGUUGGCAUUUUAUAAAGGAAAAAUCUCUUCGCGCGCCUCCAAAGACACAAUUGUUACGGUCCGGUUUUUGUGUUUGUGAUUGGACCCUUAUCCUUGUGGUCGGUUGUUUUUUUAUCCAUUUGUUAAGUUUUGUCAAUUGUUUUCUUUUCUUUUAUUUACUCUAAUACAAGUGAUUGUUGCAUAAGUGAACAUCAGGAAUGAUGAAGAGGCAGAAGUUAUACGCGUUGAAUGAAAGGAAUAAAAUUCGGUUUCGUCGGCAAUUCAAAGGUAAAACUCCAACAAGUUGUUCGAAUGUGAGGAGAAAGGGGCCGUAGAUUGUGCACCAAGAGAUGGAACGGAACGAGCAAAGCAGGAGAGAAAUGAAUGCGAAAUCACCUGGUUGAACCUGGUUUGUGAUGGUUGCUAACGGUGGAUAAGAAGCUCUUUAUUAUUUUAAGAGAAUCCUAAAGAAAUAAAACACUAAAAAGGAGACAUUAAUCUACGCAAGAUGCGAAAAAACACAACAAUAAUAUAAAUAGUAAAAUUAAAUACUGUAGGAAAAUCAUAAAACAUAAUUCAAACUGAAGAUGUAUGGUAAGAAAAGGGUAGAGCACGCAGUGAGGAGAAGAUGGGCGCUCAGAAGAGUUAAGAAUAGCACCCGUAACGCUAACGGAAAAGCAGAUACUGAUGCAAAUGAUUCAAAAUUUAGUAAUGGCAAUGGAUCUUUUCUGUGCCGUUUUGUUGCCGUACGCGCGGACGAGAGGGUGUCGACGAUAAUGCUGAUAAACGAAAGCGUCUGUAAAAACACAUCAAGGAUCACCAAACUGACAACAAUAAGAUUGAAACAUCGAAGAGAAGACACUAGUGUUAGCAUACAAAGCGAGCAAAUGGAGGCGGGUGGGCAGUAGUAGGGGCAUCCGUUAAUAUCCUGCUCCGUUCCAGCAGCCACCGGUAUUAGUGGCCAGAAAGCAAUCCGGAUGGCACCGAAAGAUACUUGACAUUUCGACCACAUCCAUGCACACACGCCUCCACAGCAAACAUGACAUGACAACAUUACCAACACCGUCACCCUUACUCCACUCAUUAUUGAACACCCCUCCAUCACCCAAACAGACACGGGCUUGCGAGAGGAAACGACGACAACACAAAAUCAAAGGUUUCAAAACAUGCAAGAAAGCGAAAAAUGUUUUGAUACGAAUUUUAUUGUUAUUGUUGAAUAUGAAUCAGCGAAUGCCAGGAUGCCGCGAACGAGGAGCAAACAUGGCGAUCGGACAACAUCGGACUGUGAGGAAGGAAAGGGGGUCAGAUCGAUAGGCAGGCAGACAGGCGCCCAACAUGAAUCAGACACUCUUGAAGGUUGUUGGAUGCUCCUGGUUAACGGUGUUAUGUCUACUUCGUUUGAAAUUUGUCGUAUGCUCAAGCGAAUGGCAAUGCGCUAGUUGUGCUUGCAGCGAUUGUUAGAACGCGUGCGCUCAUGUAGAACCAGACGCAAAAAGCAAAGAGCAAAGAAACGAAAACACUCACUAGAAAUAGAAACAGAACAAAGGAUGGUCGAAAGGUGUGUGAUAUUUUUUGUCAAAAGAAGAAGUAGUGCAACUUGUGCUUGGGU